UACAUUUCAAGCAUAUCAAAGCUGCAGACUAGUUUAACAUAUACAUUCAGCGAUGCAACAAAUCAAUCAUCAAAGUUCAAUUGACAAAAUCAAACAAUGGAUUUCAGUACCAGCAAUGAAGAGAGUGAACUGUCCCAAGCUCAAACCGAACUCUACAAACACGUGUACAAUUUCGUGGGUUCCAUGGCUCUCAAAUCUGCUAUGGAAUUAGGCAUAGCAGACGCGAUCCACAGCCAUGGAAAACCCAUUACCCUCCUUGAAUUGGCCACCGUGUUGAACCUCCACCCUUCCAAAAUCGGUGUCCUCCACCGACUCUUGCGGCUGUUAACUCACAACGGUUUGUUUGCCAGAACAACAGUGCCAGGAAUUGAAGGUGCAGAGGAAGAAACAGCGUAUGGUUUGACACCACCAUCGAAGCUUCUGGUGAAAAGCAACUCAACGUGUUUAGCUCCAAUUGUGAAGGGAGCGCUUCAUUCAAGCUCGUUGGACAUGUGGGGCUCCUCGAAAAAAUGGUUGACAGAGGACAAGGAAGAUCUCACCCUGUUUGAGAGCGCGACAGGGGAGAGCUUCUGGGAGUUUUUGAACAAGGAAACGGAAUCUGAUACGCUGAGCAUGUUUCAGGAGGCUAUGGCGGCGGAUUCAAACAUGUUCAAGCUUGCUUUGAAAGAGGGCAUGCAUGUGUUUGAGGGUUUGACUUCUCUUGUUGAUGUGGCAGGGGGAAGAGGGGGUAUCUCAAAACUCAUCCAUGAAGCAUUCCCUGACAUUAAGUGCACGGUGUUUGAUCAGCCCCAGGUUGUGGCUAGCUUGUCUGGAGAUGAAAACUUGAACUUUGUUGCUGGAGAUAUGUUCAUGUCCAUCCCUCCUGCAGAUGCAGUUUUGUUGAAGUGGGUUCUCCAUGACUGGAAUGAUGAACAAUCCUUAAAGAUAUUGAAGAAUUGCAAAGAAGCUAUUUCAGGGAGAGGGAAAGAUGGAAAGGUGAUUAUCAUAGAAAUAUUAAUUGAUGAAACAAGUGAUGACAGAGAACUGACUGAAUUGAAACUUAAAUAUGACUUGGUGUUGCUUAGUAUGUUCAAUGGAAAAGAAAGAGAGAAGAAAGAAUGGGAGGAGCUCAUAUAUGGUGCAGGCUUCAGCAGCUACAAGAUUACCCCCAUAUGUGGCAUCAAGUCUCUCAUUGAAGUUUUUCCAUAAUUAAUUACAAGCUGUUGUGUGCUACAAUUUCAAUAAGUUUCCACUUAAGCCCUUCAAAUCUGUACUGUUUUUUUAUUACUGUGUAUUAGGAAUGAAUUUUCUAAGUUACGCUUUUGCAUGCAUAGAGAUCAUUGUUCCUUAACGGAAAAUUAAUUGUUGUCAGCUAUCAUA